UCCUUUCUAAUAAACAACACACGUGGCGUUAGGUAUUUGCCUGUUUGUGUUAACCAGCCUGCGUGCUGUGCUUUCUGCCUUUUACCUCGCUUUUUAGCUAACUGUUAGCUAACUGACGCUAGCCCGGUUAGCGCUCACGAAAACAUCCUGUUAACAAAACACCAUAAGCCGGCGUCUGACCAAACUGUAUCACCCAGUGUGGAGAGGAUUGUGACAGUGACAAGCUAUGGAGCAGUACACCACUGCCACCACUACCACUGGGGAGCAGAUAGUUGUGCAGACCUCCAACGGACAGAUCCAACAACAGACACAGGGCACAGUGACGGCUGUGCAGCUGCAAACAGAUGCGCCAGUGGUGACGGCCUCAGGCCAGCAGGUGCAGACACUCCAGGUAGUCCAGGGACAACCUCUGAUGGUCCAGGUGAGCGGUGGGCAGCUCAUCACAUCAUCAGGGCAACCCAUAAUGGUGCAGGCCAUGUCCGGGGGUCAGGGUCAGACCAUAAUGCAGGUCCCUGUAUCUGGAGCCCAGGGACUACAACAGAUUCAGCUGGUGCAGCCAGGUCAGAUCCAGCUGCAGGGCGGUCAGACUCUCCAGCUGCAGGGCCAGCAGGGUCAGCCCCAGCAGAUCAUCAUCCAGCAGCCCCAGGCAGCCAUCACCGCCGGACAGAACCAGGGGCAACAGAUCAGCGUGCAGGGCCAACAGGUGGCACAGACAGCUGACGGACAGACCAUUGUCUACCAGCCUGUCAAUGCAGAUGGCACCGUCCUGCAGCAGGGAAUGAUCACGAUUCCAGCUGCCAGCUUGGCAGGCGCCCAGAUUGUACAGGCAGGGGGUGCCAACACCAACACUACUAACAGCGGCCAAGGCACUGUGACCGUCACCCUGCCUGUCUCCGGUAACAUGGUCAAUGCAGGUGGAAUGGUCAUGGUAAGACCCUGUGCAGAGAUGGUGCCUGGAGGUGGUGGAGUUUCCACAAUGCAGCGUAUCCCUCUGCCAGGGGCUGAGAUGCUCGAGGAGGAACCUCUGUAUGUCAAUGCCAAACAGUACCAUCGCAUCCUGAAGCGAAGGCAGGCCCGGGCCAAGCUUGAGGCUGAGGGCAAGAUCCCCAAGGAAAGGAGGAAAUACCUACACGAGUCUCGCCACCGUCACGCGAUGCAGCGUAAGCGAGGAGAUGGAGGACGUUUCUUUUCACCUAAGGACAAGGAGGAAAUGGCUUUAGCUCUGGCACAGCAGCAACAGGAAGCAGCCCAGGCAGCAGCAGAUGAGACGGUGGCUCAGAUGAUCCGAGUCUCGUAGCGUUGUCGCUACCAUCAUUACUUCCAUCUGUGAACUCUACCCUGCCUGAGACUCUUCAUCCCAGCAAACCCAUCUCCCACACCUUCUCCUCUCCCUUUUACUCCCUUUUGCCUCCGCCGUCAUACACCAAACCACGGCACCACCACUGAGUUUCUUCUGUUAUCUCUCCUACACUGGUCUUCCAGGGAGCUGGCCAGGUGGAUGCCGAACCCCGUGGACUGUUCUGGCCUUGAAACAGAGUCCACCCUCAUCUUAUCUGGUUGAGCACCUAGGACCAGCUUUUUUAUUUUCAUAAGGAUUUAUUUGGACAAUAAUGAAACAUGACUUUAUGGGUAACCUGGGCUUAGUCACGCAGAGGAAACCAACGAGCUAUAAAGCCAUACUCUGUUAAACCCUUGUCUGUUAUAAAGCUGAGUUUGUCAUCAGUGGAUACUUGUGUUAUAAAGCUGAGUUUGUCAUCAGUGGAUACUUGUUGCUUUAAGUAUUUUUUGUAGAUGGUACAGAAUUUUUUUUUCCCGAGACAAUUAUUAAGCGUUGAUGCUACGCUGGUGUCCUAUAUCUUUUAUGUGAUGCCCUGUAUUUUGAAAUUGCAUUUUUUCAACCCAUGUGCUGUGGGGGAUGGACUCAGCAUCACAAGUCCAACCUGCAUUCACAGGAAAAAAAACUGAAAUGUGAUACUAAUGUGAAAAUAUUGUACAGAAAUUCUUUUCUUCCCCAGUGUGUAUCGGAUGUACUUACUAAUUUGCCCAGUUCUGUGGAUGCAUUUUAUACAAUUUUGUGGUUAGACAAAGUGUUAGUUGGAAAAAGUUCACGUUAUACAUUCUGUACAUGUAGUUACUUCUUCAUUGGUCAGUCCACCAAAUUUUUUUUUCAUUGUAGAUAAUAGUUUUUUUUACCCAUCAGAUGCAGUUCUUGUAAUGUUAUUUUUUUUUAUAAAGAAACAGACUGGACAUUGAAUUCAUGAAACCUAUGUCAAUUAAAUUUUAUUAAGUGACUCAG